AUGAAACUGUAUGGUGCUAGCGAGGAAUGUCUCAAGGAAAACUUCACGAAAUUGGAAGAAGAUUCGCCGAAAACUAAGCUGGACGCUACUCAAGAUGGAACAUCACUAUGCGGAUUUACAAUCAAAACGGAAGGAAAUAUUAAAUAUGAAGUGUUAAGAAAAGAGAAAAGAGCGAUUGAAAGAAGUGAACUAGAAGCGAAAUAUAAUGAAAACUUGAUGGGAUAUCGAUAUGUAACAGAUUUGGACUUCUCCAGUUCUUCUGAUAUUUCUGAAGACGAAGAUGAUGUUUACAGUGUUCUUAAGUAUGCUAAAGAACAUGUAAUGAAGAACUACACUCCUAUUUAUAAGCAAUAUAUUGAUUUCAACAGGGCAUAUGUAAAAAAUGAGUUCAGGCAGCAUAUCAAGCAGUAUAUGCCUAAAAGAUACCAUACUUUCAAUUUCUCACCCACAUUUCCUGAUCCAUUGGAUCCUGUCCCCUUGAAUCAAAAUGAUUUUGUUUGUAUGGCAGAGAGUGUAAUUGGAGAUAUGUACCCUUGUUUCGUUCAAGGAUUCUCUUCGAGUCGUAUUCUGCCGAGAGAAAGUUACUAUACUGUAGCGUAUCGUAAUGUUGUGACGGAGGACAGAUUAAGAUUGUCAAACUUCCCCUAUUUGGAAGAUCUGGAUAUUACAGAAAAGCUCUGUCUUGAUCUAAGAAAGCUCUAUGCAUACGGAGCUCAUGGCGAACAUCGAGGUUGGGGGCUGGCAAUGACUGACGAACUUCUUUAUUCGCUACUUGAAAGUAUUUUAGAAGAAUGGGAGUUGAACAAACUAGGCGAUAUUUAUUUAUAUAGAGCUAUAUAUAAGCUCUUUCCAAAUAAGUUAACGGUUCCUGAGCUAAAAAAUGUCUUUCCACGCCUGAAGAAAAGAUUUCGGUUGGGAGUUGAAAGGGAGGCAACUUCUCCAAACUGCACGAUCAAUAUCAGUGAUUCUGUGAUAUCUUAUGUUGGACAUAGCAGCAUGGGCACAAUCGAAACAACCCAAGACAUGAGUCAGAUGGAGAACAUUCCAUUGUGCUCAAUUGAAGAGAGUACUGAGGAUAACAAGUUCGAAGCUUGUGGACCGGAUUGCUAUAAAAUGGAGCAGGAUUAUGAUGAGCGACAAGUGCUUCCAAACAGCAUCACCAUAUGCAAGGCAACUCUGGAACCUUUCAAUGGAUAUGCCGAAAACAUGUUUGAACUGUUUCUGCGAAUGAAAAGACACACACCAUGUCAAGUCUCACAAAUCAUGAGUGGCUUCUAUCCAAAACAAAGAAGAACAUGUCGAGAAAUUUUGAUAAUGGCCAAGGCUAAAGCAAAGGAAGAGAAGCCGCUCUUGCAUGAAUGUCCUAAGAGAAAAAAAACAACAGACGGUCCCGAAUUCGGUUUAGAAGUUGUACUGGGUAAGAGAAGACGAAGUGUCGGGAUUAAAUCUGAAGAGCAAUUUCAAAAGUUUAAAGUAGAAAUUUCUCCGGGUGGUCAAUACGUAUGUGUCAUUAUCACAUCAGCGCGAAGGGGCGAGUAUCUUGGAGAUUAUACCGGAGAGAUAAUAUCCAAAGCAGAGGCCCGUCGGAGAAACCGUGUCUACAAGGAGUUCAAUCAAAAUUUCAUGCUCAAACUGAAUAAAUGGUCUUGCAUUGAUGCAACGCGGAGAGGAAAUAUACUGAGAUUUGCAAAACACUCGGAUAAAUCUAAUUGUUAUCAUAAACCCGUUUUUCGAAAUGGAGAAUGGUCCGUUGGGAUAUAUGUGAAGAAUGGUUUAAGAUCUGGUGAAGAGAUAUCUGUCAAUCGUAAAUAG